AUGCAAAACUUCGAUAGUCUCAACACAUCUUCCGUUACCACGCAUCAACAAGCUCAACAUAUACAAACGCAGGCUCUGGAGGGGACUUCAAACUCCUCCGCAUCGAAUCGUUACAUUUCGGAACAUGACCAGCACAACAGUACCCUAAGUACUCUAAGCGAUCCUCACAAAAAGUCAGCAGUGUGGAACUCAGACACGCCUGACAGCACACUCCAAGCUGAUGCAGCAUCCCGAUCCCAUGAUGCUAAUAAAAAGGGAGGAGAAUCAGACUUAAAUGUGCCCCCCAAAGCAUUAAAUAUGAAGACCGUUAUCAACAAUUCUUCUCUUUCCUCUACUAAAGCCAAAUCCUCAGCGUCAUCCUUUACCUCUACACGACAAGUAGCUCCAACUCGAGGCGCGGACCAGCACGAGAUUCAGACAAAGAACAUUUUAAAUCACGUGAAUGAACUUCUUAGGUUUUGCCAAUUGGAGCAAUCCAAACGGGUUACCAGCAUUCGACAGUGUACCUCUAGCUUAUUCGUGCUGCUGUAUCAGCGUCUCUUUGGUUGCGCAAUCGAGAACAUCGAGAGCUUCCCAAACACACCAGAAAAAAAGCGCCGCAACGUAACUCUGGUGCUUGAGGAGCUUCGCAAGCAUUCCUACACAUUAACGGACAUUUCGGUCGACCAAGUCGUGAAGCUCAAUGAGGACCACGUGAGCCGUCUUAUUAUGGUAUUUGUGAACAUCGCUGAUAAUAUGAAGUACCAACAGCAACGUACGGUCGCCGCACAGGCAAUCGAGCGGGCCCUGAUGCCCCAAGCCCAUACCGGCUAUACCGUGGCGGAAGUCGCUCCACCAGGCGUGGCCAUAGCGUCUAUUCUUUACAGCACAGGGCCCCCCACAACAACCGCCGGUCUUGAAUUUCACCCUAACGAGGCAGCCCCGCUGAACAGGGCCUUUCCAGAAGCCCCCCCCCACUUAGUUGACCAUGACGUCGAGUAUCCCAUGUCGACUCGGUAUGUACACCAUAACCUACCUCCUGAAGCGAUCCCCGGCUAUCCGUUUCCCUACCCGACUCCCAAAGCCCCCGAGAGAGGGGAGAGGGGAGACUACAAGAUCCAGGAGGAGGAGCCCUCGAGUUCCUAUGAAGACUUCGACUCGGACAAGGUUGAUCCCUUGCCCUAUGUCUCCGCCUCUCCGAUCUCAAAAGAAAAGCUGGUGGAGACCUGGUCGCGCGAGAUCGUCUCGCCCCGAGUGGACCCUGCGGACUCAUCGAACAACCUUUACUUCCCCACGCGCAGCAGUGGAGGAAGGCUACUUUCCACCAGCACCGUGACCCCACUUCGGCUGAACACGUCGGAUAUUCGCUACCGAUUUCAGAAAUUGAGCGAUGCGGUGCAGGAUCCCGCCCUGCGGCAUCGAACGCCAGGCGAUACGACGGUGCCGACACCGAGCAGUACGGCGGUAGGAAACAACUCGGCGGAGACGCCACCGGUUCCUUUUAUCGCGGGUGUGGGGCAGUGCCCCUCGCCGCAUGCCAAGCCGAAGAAAGUUCACUACCAAACCUCCCCUAUCAUCGCCACGAGACCCGCGGCGGGGAAUACCGAGUCGGCGAAGAAGCCGACCCCUGCACGACGGCUACGGCAUCCUACGGGUCCGUCUUCCCCUGCCCCCCUUGCAUCCGCACGCUCCAACACGAUUGAGCUUUCCUCGGUUCCGCCUGAUGAGCCCUCGCUGACCUCCGCGGAGUGCCGUUUGCUGGCAAGCCAUCCGUACAGUCUUUACUGCAGUGAGGAACGGGACCGCAAGAUCGAGCGUCUGCGGGCGUCGCGGUUUUUGAAUAAAAUGCAAGGUCUUCUUCACCAGGGCAUUCGACGGGAGUACGAAUCCCGCAUGGCCGAAACACGCGAAUCCCUAAAACGCAACAUCUCAGCCUCGAAACGAAACAUGUUGGACGGGAUGCGGUGGAUUCGAGAUGAAAACAACAAGUAUCGUGAGGCCUAUGCUGUGCUGAUGGAGGCAGCCGCCAACGACAGCCGAAUGGCCCAGCGUAUGAUGUCAGACUAUACGGCCAACCUGGCGAAGCACUACGCGGACUCACUACAUGAGAGCCAGCGGAUGUCGGCCUACUUAGAGGAUGAGAAAGAACGGCAGGAUAUGUCGAAUUUGGUACGAUAUGCUCAGAGGGUAACUUCAUGGCAACAACAGCUAGCUGUAUAA